UUUUUUUUAAAAAAAAAUCAAGAAAUUGUUCGUUAUCAAGAUCAGACCCAAUCCUUCACUUAUAGAAACCCUAGCCAUCCCUCUCUCUUGCUCUCUGCAAUUGCAUAAUCAUUAUCCUUUCUAAGCCUUAUUUCUCUCCCUAUCGAGCAAUCUGAUCCCUCUCUUUCUGCCUCUGCGUCGCCGUUUCUCGCAAUCUUAGGCGCCGCCGUUUCGUCCGCUCCGAUCUCCGCCUUUCAGAUUCCAUCAGCUUUUCAUUUUCCCUGAUGGAAGAAGGAAAAUUCGAUCUGCCAGAUGAUCUCCUAUCCUCCAAAAUCGACUCUGACCACUCCCCCAAAGUAGAUCAACCAACUUCGGAGAGCGGCAUACCUUUGUCCCCUCAAUGGCUUUACACUAAAGUAACUGAUCCUAAGAUGUUACCUGCUGGAGUGUCUUCUGAUAUAAAAUCACCAAAUUUGUUGCCCCAUGGGGCCUCUGGUGAUCCCAAUCUGAAAGAUAGUUGGCGUCUAGAUGGUUCUCAGGACAAGAAAGUAUGGAGGAGGGCUGCACCUGAUCUUGAAAGCAGUCGCCACUGGCUUGAAGAGGAGAGGGAAACUAGCUUACGUGGCCGAAGGGAUCGCCGAAAAGAAGACUGGCGCCCUGAUAUUUCAUCAACGAUAGAUGUUUCUGAAAAUAGGAAUGUGUCUUCUGAGCGAAGACAAGAUGUUAGUAAUCGUGGUUCAGGGCCUGAAUCUCGAAGAGAGAAUAAGUGGUAUUCAAGACGGGCUCUUGAAGACAAAGAAAAGGAUUCUCUAAAUGAGAACAGGACAGAUGCGAAGAAGGAAGAUGCCCCUUCCGAGAAACAAGCUUUUGCUAGUGGGGGGCGCUUAGCUUCUGAGCGUGAGACUGAUUCUCGUGAAAAAUGGAGACCACGUCAUCGUUUGGAAGUUCAUGCAGGUGGGUCUGCUUCUUACCGCAGUGCUCCAGGAUUCAGUUUGGAGAGGGGACGAGUGGAGAGAUCAAAUGUGGGGUUUUCUACAGUUGGACGAGGGAAGCCGCAAUCUGUUUCUGUUACUGGAGCUCUUCCUGGGUAUAAAAACAAGACUUCUAAUGCAUAUUGCUACCCAAGAGGAAAACUCCUUGACAUUUACCGCAAGCAAAAGACUGCUCUAAAUUUUGACACCCUACCUGAUGAGAUGGAUCAUUCAUCAUCAAUAGCACAAAAUGAUAUUGUUGAGCCUCUGGCUUUUGUUACUCCUGUUGCAGAGGAAGAGGAUGCCCUUGGAGAUAUAUGGAAAGGAGAAGAAAAACAAUGUUUCUCAGUUAACAGGGAGGGCAGUGUUGAAUCUGGUGAGAAGGCUUCCGUAAACAAUAAUUAUCAAGGGAAUCAUGCCGAGACAUUUUCUGUGUCAGAUUCACAGAUUAUUAUGACGAAGGAAAUGAAUAGUUCAAAAGGUGGACAAAAAUAUGUGACGCCGCCUGAUAUUGAUGUAAACAAUGCUUUGGGGUCAGAUGAGGAGAUUGAUGGUUCUGCAAGAUACAUGGAUGGAUUAAAAUAUUUUAAUAAUCGACCGGUAGCUGAUAUGAAAAUAGGAAAGGACUCAUCCAUGCAAUUUGGAGUGGGUAGUAAGCUUCCUGAAGGCUCAAGCUCUCUAUUUGGUUUUCAGUCACCACAGCCUACUCUUGGUCAUGACCUGAUAAAUGUUGAGGGCAAUAAGGAAGCACAUUCACUUGAAAGUACUUCCCCACACGAGGAAUUGAGUUUGUGCUAUCUUGAUCCUCAAGGGGUAGUUCAGGGACCAUAUAUGGGGAUCGACAUAAUUUCAUGGUUUGAGCAAGGCUAUUUUGGUACAGACUUACCUGUUCGAUUGGCAAAUGCUCCUGAUGAAUCUCCUUUCCGAGAACUUGGUGAAGUGAUGCCUCACCUAAGGAUGAAUUCUAGUUCGGCCUACAGUGUUAGUGCUGUUACAAGAAUGCAGAUACCAGAUCGUUUUGAAGGGAGCUUCGAAGAAACUAUAUCUUCUACUUGUAAUCCUGCUUCUGCUCCAGAACUGAAUGGAUCUGCCAUUGGACAUAAGCAGCAGCAGUUUUUGUCUGUUUUUGAGGCUCCUGAUGCUAAUUUUCAGUUAAGAAGGCAUUCUCAAAAUUAUCAUUCUGAGUGCCAGUAUUCUGAAGAUCAAGAGCUCCAUAAAUUUGCUGCUGCUCAUGCAGAUGAAAUUAUCUUUCCUGGAAGGCCUGGAAAUGCUGGUGCCGAGCCUUUGAAAGUCUCUGCCGAAAUUCAAUAUCAUUUUGGCAAUCCUUCAAGCCAUCUGCCCAUUGCAAAUGAAUUUUCAAAAACCGAUGUACCUUCUCAUCGUGGUGAUGAGUUACUUCCAGAUGCUUGGCCUGAUGCUAAUAGAAGAAAUGCUGUGUUUAAUCCUAACAUCCGUCUAGGCAGUCCCUUAUCUCACAGGGAACAAGAACACAAUGGUUUGGACUUACAGCACCUAAUGACUCAAAAGUUGCCCAGUGAAUCACAUCAAGAGGAAAAUCAUUUGUUUCAUUCCCUUCCACAUUCAACUGGAUUUGGUGCUGAGCAAAUUCAUACUUUUGAUCUAAUGCAAAGCAAGAAUCUCAAUCAACAGCGGUCAAUCCAUCAUUCAGCUGCACAUAUGGAACAUCUUUUGGAACUUCAAUUUGAACAGCAGCGGCAGCAGCAGCUCGAACUUCAUCGGCAGCAGCAGCAGCAGCUGGAACUUCAUCGGCAGCAGCAGCAGCAGCUGGAACUUCAUCGGCAGCAGCAGCAGCAGCUGGAACUUCAGCGGCGGCAGCAGCAGCAGCUGGAACUUCAGCAGCGGCAGCAACAGCAGCUGGAACUUCAACGACAGCAGCAGCUUGAACUUCAGCUACGGAGGCAGCAGCAGCUUGAACUUCAGCGACGGCAGCAGCAGCAGCAGCAGCAACAGCAGCUUGAACUUCAGCGGCAGCAGCAGCUUCGUAACCAUCGAAUUAAGUUGUUGCACCAAUUGCAACAUCAACAUCUACAGCAGCAUCCUUCUCAAGCUCAGGAGUUGCUACUCGAUCAACUGCUGCAGAAUCAGCUUUCUGAUCCUAGUUAUGACCAGCACAUAUUUGAUGCUGCUAGAGACAACCUGCUUGAUCAGGCUCAGUUAAAAAGGAAUCUUCUGAAGUGCAGUCCAAGGGCAGCAGGCUGA